AUGGGCAGCAGCCAGUCCAGCGACGGUGCGGUGAACAAUGGAGGGAGCGAAGGCAGCAACCAGCCACAACGCCGAUCUCUUUCACAUGCUUCGUCUCAGCGGCGGCAGCAGGUGCACGGGAAGACCCCUCCAAAUCCGACCUCCGCUGCCCUCGUAGCCGCCGCCUCCACCUCGACCAGCACCACCACCGCCCAGGGCAUCUCGGCGAGUCCGAAACACUCGCGUGCCCGCUCCGUCACCACCACCGCCCCCGAACUCGCGCCGCACGACGUCUCCUCCAGUCACAAAUCCGACACCGCGCCCACCAUGGGGAACAACGAGAGCAAGCCGCAACCGCGCCCGCCAUCACGCUCGAACACCCUACCCACCCACGCCGGUCCGCCGCGCAAGGCACCGCCGACGACACAAGAGCUGAAAGAGACCGCAUCACCAGCCACCCAGCCGGUCGAGGUUCCGCCGCUCAGUAGCGAUGGCCAAGAAGACGACUUCAUACCCGGCUUCUCAGAGUCGCCAUAUGGCCUGCCGCCAGCCAACUACAGCCGUCCGCCGCGACUGCCGCUGCCCAUUGAAGAGGAGGUGCACACGCCAGGCUCGCCGAUCAUCACCCCACAAGACGUCGAGGGUGCCGUGACUCAGCUGGACUCGAGCGAGAUUGAGGGAGGAGACAUACCACGUAAGAACAGUGUGCUCAGUUCUACAUAUGGCGACGACGACGACAUUGGCGACAACGAGGCGUUCGCUGCAGAGUCUUCGCAAUGGGGCGAGAUCCGCGUGCCUACAGAGAUGGAGUGGAACGGGCACGGCGAUAAGGUCUUUGUGACUGGUACCUUCUGCAAUUGGGAAAAGAAGAUCAAACUGCACAAGAAGAAGGAUGGACAUGGCUUUGCUGCGAUCGUUCAACUGCCGCCUGGCACGCAUCAUAUCAAGUUCUUGGUGGACGGCGAGAUGAUGACGUCGGAGAACCUGCCCACCACAGUCGACUGGACCAACAGCUUGGUCAACUAUGUCGAGAUUGUGGCGCCUUUGCCGUCGGAUGGGAAGCAAGCACCCGGACCCGCUGCGCCCAUGCCGAUUCCUGGUGCCGCUAUAACUGCCGGCCAAGCGGUCGCUACUCCCGAGCCCGCCUCGCACCCGACAAUGCACGUAUCCGAGACAGAGAAGACCAUCCCGUCCAUGCAAGAAGCCGUCGGACCGAGAGGCGAGAGGGCUGGAUCCGUGGAGGCGCCUGUGCCAACGCCAGCCCCUGCCAGCCAGCGAUCGCCAGAAGCCAAGCCCAAAGCCGCCGCCACGAAGCAGAAGCUGCCGCGGCCAAAGUAUACGAACCAGAUUCCAGAGUUCCUCGUCGAUCUCGACAAUUACAGCAAUCCUGAGGACGAGCGUUUCCAGCGCGCUCAGAGGGUGUCCGCGACCCUGCCGCAACCACCAAGCCUGCCCAUGUUCUUGAGUAAGAGCAUUCUCAAUGGCGCCACGCCGCACAAGGACGAUGCGAGCGUGCUCGUGCUGCCGAACCACACCGUUCUGAACCAUCUGGCGACUAGCAGUAUCAAGAGCGGUGUGCUGGCCACGAGUGGGACCACGCGGUAUAAGCGGAAGUUCCUCACAACCAUCAUGUACAAACCCACCUCAGACGAUGGCUGA